UCAUUUAAUUCACCGAUCACUUGACUUCGCAGUUUAACUUUAAUCGCACUCGAUAAAAACCACGAUCCACUUUUAAUACGGUGUUUUUAUGAAGUGUGUAUAUAUUUUAUAAACUGCGUAGAAUUUUUCGAAAAUGCCCAUUGAGGAGAGUAAGAAGAAGAAGCCGCUGAAUCCGUUCAGCAUCGACGCUAUUCUCGGUCAUCAUCAUGAGCUGAAUGAGGAGAAGCCGCACCGGAAUACUUACCCCUUUGCGCCUUUCGGGGGUUAUGAGAGUUACGGAGGGGUGCUGAAGGUGCCGGCGCAACGGCCCGAUCCGACCGGACCGUACCAGCAUCCGCAACUGCAUCCGGCGCUGUACGCCAUCAAUGGACACGCUGCGCCCGGUCAUCAUCCGGCUGGCCAGCAUCAUGCCGGCAAUCUGCCGGCUCAUAUCAGUCCCUACGCCUGGAUGGAUCCCACCAGGAGGCUAUUGACACGCCGCAUCGGUCAUCCUUAUCAGAACCGUUCGCCACCCAAGCGCAAGAAGCCGCGCACAUCCUUCACGCGCAUGCAAAUCUGCGAGCUCGAGAAACGCUUCCACCGGCAGAAAUAUUUAGCCUCGGCGGAACGCGCACAGCUGGCCAAAUCCCUGAAGAUGACCGAUGCGCAGGUCAAAACGUGGUUUCAGAACCGCCGCACCAAGCACAGACGUCAGACGGCGGAAGAGCGCGAAGCCGACCGGCAAGCCAGCACCCGCCUAUUCCUCUCCGAGAUGGCGGAACGCUCAGCCAGCGCCGGACCGGGUCCCUACGAGAGCCUGGACCCGCUGUGCCUCAACAACGCCUCUUUACACGCGCUGCAAAACCUCCGCCCCUGGAUGAACCCCCUGGACGGCACCACCGAGGGACAACACCCCUCCAAGGACGCCGAGCACGACACGGACACCCGCUCCGACAUCUCCCUGUCCUCCUCGGCCUCCUCCCUCUCCGGCGCCUCCACCGACCUCCGCCCGGGCCCCUCACCCCCGUAAAACCGCCGUCGAGCGAAGCGCGCGUGUCAUGCGGGCAUCGCACGCGCCAUUGUCGCCAGUUGACCUUUAAACUUCGCCGUAAUCUGUCGCGCGUCUGUAUCAGUGACGGGCCAAAAGCUUUUAGUGGCGAUGAUGAUGAUAAGGGUAUGAUACGGGUAUGAGCAUCGCUUGAUGAGCUCCAUUUUGUCGAUUAUCUGGCUCGCUGCUUAUCGCGGCCGAUCGAUCGGCGCUGCAGCAGCAUUUUUCUAUUAAUGUAUUCAAUGCGAAAGCUAAUAAAGCC